AUGAAUCUGUUCACGUUGCUCAUUACGGCCUUCUGUACGGCUGUGCUGGCCGCUCCGGCUCCCGCCCAGCAACGCCACGCCGUCGAAGUUCAGUCCGUUUCCGCCGAGCCUCCAACCUGCGUGGACGGCGUCCCGGCGAGCACGACGCCAUACGACAUCAACUAUGCCGCCGUGAAAGCCCCGGCCGCGGCCCACGGUUUCUACGACAUCGAGCCGGCCUGGGACACAGCCCAUGCCGUUGGGAGCGCGAUGAACCUGUACAUGGCUCAUGGCAGCGACGUGAACGAGUACGCCUCAUUCAAGUGCCAAUACACGUGCAACGGGACGCCCGGGUGCGUCUCGUUCUUCGGCCGCUUCGUCCAGGUCAACUCUACUGACGAGCACUUUGAGUGUCUGGGCUUUAACGCUCUCCUUGAUGACUCUUCAUUCACGCUAUCAAGUCGCAAUAUGGCCAACGGAGGCUUCAACAAGUUGUGCACCUGA